CCGGUGCCUGUCCGCCAGCAGGACCUCUACGGGCCGUUACACUGGGAGGAACCGCCGCCUGAUCGGGAGCACACACCCCCAACUCCCUGAAUGUAUUAUUUAUGGAUCACUUUUGAUUAUGAUCAGCGUUCCAUUCCUUUGAGUAGAGGUUUUACUGACACGGUCAUGAGUGACUCUCCUCGGUAAGGACGGGAUGGUCACUCUGUGAAUCCGGCGCCAGAUGGAUGGAUGGACGUGUCCGUAGCGCGAACUGGAAUACUGCCGUGAACUGAACAGGCUCUUCCUCUGGAGUUCAGAUUUUUUUCUUCACCAGAUCUGGAAUCAUUACAUUUAGUGGUGUGAUCGUCCACCUUUUCCUCCCUGGCUGUGAUCACCUGCUAUGUGUGUGGAGUGGAGAAUACCUGGAGGAAGGCGCAGCACGGGAUCCAGUGUGAGAGAGCAGGACAUCUGCAACUACAACUCCGUCUCCUCUUUACAUUUCUUUCUAACCUGUGUGUCAUGCACGUGGAAUGAAGACAGAGGAUGGAUAUAAUUUGGGAAAUAUUGAUCAUUCUUCAAGCCAAUUUCAUUGUCUGCAUAUCAGCACAACCCAAUGCGCCGAAAAUUCACGACGGAUGGUGGGCGUACAAGGAGGUGGUGCAGGGGAGCUUUGUUCCAGUGCCAUCGUUCUGGGGGCUGGUGAACUCGGCCUGGAACCUGUGUUCGCAGGGGAAGAGGCAGUCGCCAGUUAACAUCAAGACCGGCCACAUGAUCUUUGACCCCUUCCUCACGCCCAUAAAGCUGAACACGGGUGGCCGCAAGGUGGGAGGGACUAUGUACAACACUGGCCGCCACGUCUCUCUGCGAUUGGACAAGGAACAUCUGGUGAACAUCUCAGGAGGCCCGAUGACGUACAGCCAUCGUCUUGAGGAGAUCCGGCUACACUUCGGCAGCGAGGACGGCCAGGGCUCUGAACACCUGCUGAACGGACAGGCCUUCACCGGAGAGGUUCAACUGAUCCACUACAACCAUGAGCUGUACACAAAUUACACAGAAGCUGCUAAAAGCCCCAAUGGACUGGUCAUAGUGUCAAUAUUCAUGAAGAUUGCUGAGACUUCAAACUCAUUCCUAAACCGAAUGCUGAACAGAGACACCAUCACAAGAAUAACAUAUAAAAAUGAUGCGUAUCUACUGACCGGCCUGAACAUAGAGGAGAUCUACCCGGACACAAACAGUUUCAUCACAUACGAAGGAUCCAUGACAAUCCCUCCGUGCUUUGAGACCGUCACAUGGAUCCUGAUGAACAAGCCGGUGUACCUCACACGUAUGCAGAUGCACUCCUUGCGGCUGCUGAGCCAGAACCAGCCGUCUCAGAUCUUCCUGAGCAUGAGCGAUAACGUCCGCCCGGUCCAGGAGCUGAACAACCGCUGUAUCCGCACCAACAUCAACUUCAGCAUGCAGGGCAAAGACUGCCCCAACAACCGGGCUCAGAAGCUCCAAUACCGAGUGAACGAGUGGUUGCUAAAGUAGCCUCCCUUGGCUGAGCAUGGAGACGAGUGUCAGAUGUGGAGAGAGGAAGAGGAGGAGGAAGGAUGGAGGAGGAGGGGAAGCAUCUCAUCUAAGAUUAUAUCAUGGCAUUGUAUAAAGACAAACAGCACUGGACAUUAUAAGGAACUUUGUAUUGCGAGCAAAAAGACUCACACAUUGAACAGUUUAACCCCUCAGUCUAGCACAUGUUACCAAGCCCUGUCCCCACUGUACAACUAUAUCUAUACAGACAUUUUGAUACCAAUACUUUUUUGGGACAAAACCAAAAGAAGACACUUGAAAAGAAACAAAAAAAAAUAUCCUGAAAGAAUUUAUUUGAUAGCAUCCCAACUAAUAUGAGAAUGUUGGGACUCAAAGCCUUUGUACAUAAACAUGUUGCUAACAGUGGGAACAUCCAAGGACUAAGUCACUGCCCCCUCCCCUGCUGCCCCGAAAGUGGUCGGCCUCACACGGGGGCAUUCCAUCACAGUCACAACCCAGGCAUGCAAUCAGCAAAACCAACAGAGGGAACCAAGCCUUACCUUGCCAUGUUCCAAAGCCAGAGUCAUGUCAUGGAGACGAGCGAAUAUUUACAGGCUUUCUCACGGCCUCAGAACAACCGGUGUCUUGGCCUCGUUUGUACAUAUUAUUAUUAUCAAUACUUCAGAAAAAUGAAUAUGUAAAGAAAAGUAAUGAGUUAACAUUCAAAAGAUAUAUAAAGAGGAUUAAAAAAAAAAGACAAAGUGUUGAGAAUUGUAAAAGCUUGGCGCACUCCUUGAGCAGUUCUCAGCGCGAGCUGACGCCUUUUUCUGUUUUAUUGUUUACAAUGGUCAUACACUGUGUUUGAGUAUUGUUAUCCGCCCAAUAAAUGUGUCUGGAAAGUUCA